AUGUGGAGGAGGAGAAGACGAGGAACGACGAGGAGGAGGAAGGAGGAGACAAGACGAGACGAGACGAGACGAGACGAGGAAGAGGAAGAGGAAGAGGAAGACGAAGAGGAGAGAGCAACCCAAUACAACAAUACACAAUACAGCUCGGAUACAGCUAGUAUCCCGCCGCCUACUGAUUAG